AGGGGGCGGGAGGGGGGUGGGGCAGCCUUAGCCACCCACGGCCCGGAGCCUGGGAGGACAAGGAGCGACGCCAGGCUACCCGCCUCGUCACAACUUGCCCAGACAAGACACGCUUUAUCCUGCACCCUGGAAGAAGAAGGAGCCGGCCUGCCUCUCCCUGCUCGGUUGCUCCUCGCCCUCCGCGAGCCCCGCCUCUGCGCCAGCAGCAAUCCCGGGAUCCGAGGCCCCGGCGACGCCUCGUGGCUUGCAGCGCCCGGCUUUUCGCCCAGGAGCGCGCAGCUGGGGUGCUGGAAAUACAGCGGUGAGCAGCACACCUCUCCUGUUCCUGCUGAUCCCGCCAGCCCAGUGGAUGGAGCCCAGAAUCCACAAACCUGCCAGGAAAGAAAAAACAUUCCCUGCCGGUUGGUCCAAGCAGGGCCUCCCUGGUGGAUUGAGGAAUGCCUGGCUUUUCCUCAGCUCCUUGAUCUCCGAGGUGUUAACCACUGGCAGCCUCCAGAGGACCCCCACAAUGAGAAGCCUGGGGUCUGCAGGUCACUGCUAGAUUUUUAAAGAAUGCAGCACGGACACAAAUUUGUAAGGUACCUGGGCGCAUGCUGAACGCGCGUGGGCGGACACGCCCUGUGCUCCAGGUCGGGGCUGGGCGCUGCCAUAGCAACGUCCUGGACGCCCAGAUCUUAGGCCGCCGCCGCCGCAGCGGGGGUCUGGGCCUUCACCGGCUCACUAGGGGUGUGGCGGCGGCGGCCCCGAGGCGGCCCGGACCAGGUAGACUACACUGCCCCGCCCCUCCAGCGCAAGCCUAGGCGGCGGACUGGCUUGCAAGCAUGCCCUUCCAGAAGCACGUCUACUACCCUCUGGCCAACAGCCCCGAGGGGCCCGACGCCUCUGCCGCAGGCGCGGCCCCCAUGGCCUUUGUCCCUCCCAGAGCGGCCUCGGGCCCCCUGCCCUUCUUCCAGUUCCGGCCGCGACUGGAGAGCGUGGACUGGAGGCGGCUGAGCGCCAUCGACGUGGACAAGGUGGCCGGCGCUGUGGAUGUCCUGACACUGCAGGAGAACAUCAUGAACAUCACCUUCUGCAAGCUGGAGGACGAGAAGUGCCCACACUGCCAGUCGGGGGUAGACCCAGUGCUGCUGAAGCUGAUCCGCCUGGCGCAGCUCACCAUCGAAUACCUAAUGCAUUCGCAGGAGUUCCUCACCUCGCAGCUAAGCCUGGUGGAGGAGAGGCUGCGCCUGAGCCUGAUCGACUACGAGCAGAGCAAGCAGCUGCUCAACAAACAGGCUAGCGAGAUCAAGCUUCUGAAGGACGAGUGUAAACGCAGGAAGAAGAUGCUGUCCACGCAGCAACUGAUGAUAGAGGCCAAAGCCAGCUAUUACCAGUGCCAUUUCUGUGACAAGGCCUUUAUGAACCAAGCUUUCCUGCAAAGCCACAUUCAGCGCCGCCACACUUCAGAGUCUCACCUUGAGUAUAAUACAAAGGCCCAGACCGACAGACUCCAGAAGGAGAUAGACAUGUUGAAGGAACAGCUGCAGCUCACCAGAUCUCAGCUAGAGUCUGCCCAGCAUGCCCACGCAGUCCGGUUCUCUAAGGAAUAUGAAAUGCAGAAAAUGAAGGAAGAUGACUUUCUGAAGUUAUUUGAUAGAUGGAAAGAGGAAGAAAAGGAGAAGUUACUGGAUGAAAUGGAAAAGGUUAAGGAGAUGUUCAUGAAGGAGUUUAAAGACUUAACUUCUAAGAACUCAGCAUUAGAAUAUCAAUUGUUAGAAAUACAGAAGUCCAAUAUGCAGAUCAAGUCCAACAUAGGCACCUUACGAGACGUUAACGAGUUUAAAGAAGACCGUCUCCCGCAUCCCCAGGAUUUCCAAAACAUGCUGCAGCUCCUUGACAGCCAGGCAAACAAGUGGUCAGAUCGAUUUCAGGUUCUCAACGAGGAACACAGCAAGGAGAAGGGACAGCUCCUGUCCAAUAUCGAGAAGCUUCGAACCUCAAUGAUGGACGAUCUAAGUGCAGAUAAUAUUUUCUACAAGAGGCGGAUAGAAGAGCUAGGCCAGAAAGUGCAGGAGCAGAAUGAGCUGAUCCUCAGCCAGAGGCAGCAGAUUAGAGAAUUUACCAGUAAACCAUACAUCAGUGUUGGUGAGCUGAAAGGGAAUUCUCUAACCUGGCAAGCACUGGACUCGAGAUCAGCUGGCCCUGCCGCACCCAUGAGCGCCUCAGCCACACAGACUCUGGAUGGCCCACCCAGCCUGACCAUGGUACAUGGAACAGAGCAGGCGUUCCCAUCACACGUCCUGGAGCCGAUAGAAGAACUUUCUUCAGAGGAAGAAAAAGGACGAGAAAAUGAACAGAAAUUAAAUAAGAAGACGUAUUUAAGGAAGACUUUGAAAAGCAGCUCCUCCUCUAAGGGGCUGAGGACGAACUUGGAGAAGGAGCUGGGAAGGAAACUGAGGAGCUUUGGGAUUAACGCAGAUAUACACGGUAUUCCAUGUGAAGUCUUGAAUAGUUCACUUAAAGCCAUGCAAUUAGCCAGAUAUGAUCUAGCAAAACAAAUGCCUGACAUUCAGCAAAUUCGAGAAUCCCUUGAACAUCAGCUCAUCUGUAAAAUGGAGGAGAAAGUGUCGCUGUCUUCGGAUAGGCACAAUAUCCCUCCCAUGACCACCUUCCCAGCUGAAGAAGUACCCAAAGCCACCCAACUCCCCCCGCAAAGCAGACCAUUGGUCAGACAGAGGACUGUGUUUACUGAUAAGGUGGCUGUCCCAAAAUUUAAGAAAAAUACCAAAGAAAAUCAUUUUCUCAGAAAGUUUUCAUCUACCAGGACGCCUCCCUUCAGCUCAGAGGAGGAGCUUGAUGAAGAGGACUUCAUCCAGGCAUACGUAUCCUCAGACUUGCUGACCCUACAGCCAUCUAAAAAUACCAUGGGUAACUUCGGAAAGAACUCUGUCAAAAGUGACCCGGACUGGACAGGGGGAAGUGAGAUGGAGGACUCAGAUGUCUCCCCAAGGCCCACAGGAACCUCCAUUCAGAUCCAAACUGACACCAUUGAGAACAUGGUCUCACAGCAGGGAGUUGGGGAUAAACCAGUUACUGGGGUAAACACUGUUGAGACACUCGCAACACUCGUCAAAAAGGAAGGACUGCAAGAGUUAAAGUGCGCAGAUGUAGAUGCUGAUGAUUGGGACAUAUCAUCCUUAGAGGAAGAUAAAUCUUUGGAGAAAAAGAUAGAGCAGAGGGAACCUCCACCUGUGAAGAGAGAUCUAAAUUCCAGUCACGUGCCAAGGGCCUGGGGCCCAGUGAACCCUCGGGAAUUCAAGGAAGAAGGACUUCAAGAAAACGAAUCGAGCACACUGAAAAGCAGCUUGGUAACGGUGACUGACUGGAGUGACGAUUUGGAUGUGUAACAAAUCUGCGUCAGAGAACUGUUCCAGCAGCAUUUCGGCCAGCAGCCUAUCGGCUCCUAAUGCUCCCUCCUGUUUCCCAAGGAAGCCCAUUCAGAGCAAGGGCGUCUCUAACAACUCGGAACACAGUACUGAAAUCUGUCAGCUGGCCCACUGUGUAGAAACAGGAUGUCCUUUCAGUCAUAAAAAGUGUUUUCUUCACAACGGUACUCUAGUGUUAAAUGUAUUUUUUUUUCAACUAACUUUUGAGUGUUUUUUUUUUUUGACUGAUAGUAGGCUUUAGUUUGAGUUAUUGUAGCUUUUUAAAAUACGUAUGUACUGUCACAUUGGUAGUUUUUAUGUUAUAAAAUUCUGUUAAGUCUCUUCAAAACUGAAUUAGUGAUGUCAGUGACUUGGGUUGUUUUCCAUCUAGAAAUAAGUCUAGACCGGUGACAGUUAGCUAGGCCAUGGUAAACGCAUUCUCCUGAAGUUCCUCUGUCCCACAGGGCUGUGAGGCCCUGCUAGCAUGUCGUUACUGACCAGUUCUUUUGUGCACUGUAGUCUUUAGCUUGGAUAUUUCAUGAAUAAUGUGCAACUGUUCUAAAUACCAAUUGAUUUUUAUGAGAUGAUCAUUAGAAAAAGAUGAGCCAUUCCCGAGUCACACAUGUGUGUAGUUCCUCUGUUUUUCAGUACUCAGCCCAUUAUAAAAUACCUCAGAACUAACUUAUAUUCUUGAACAAUGAUCUCGGCAAUGAUCAGAAAAUUUAUAUAUAAACUGUUCGUUUUUCGUUUCUUUUUAAAUUUUUUUUCCCCUUUUUUUUUAAAAGUAGUUUUUAUACUUUGUGGUACUAUUAGGACUCUAUCUCAAAAAAAGAAAAGGUAACAUUUUAAUAGCUUGUGAUUUGGGGUCUCCUGUCAACCAUCAACAAUGCCAGUAAAGCCCUCCAUUACACCCUG